AUGUUAGAAUGCAAAGAUUCAAAUGGGAGGACAAUUCUCAUUGCAGCCACAGAAAAAAAUGAUAUCAAUUUGGUCAAAUUACUUAUAUCUAAAGGAGCAAAUACUGAAGCAACAUAUAAAAAUGGAAAAACUUCUCUUUUAUAUGCAUCAGAAAAUAAUUUCACGGAACUUGCUAUAUUAUUAAUUUCUAUUGGAGCUAAUAUUGAGGCUAAAGAUUCAGGUGGAAAGACUCCACUUAUAUAUGCUUCCAAAAAUGGUAAUCUUGAAUUAGUUAAGUACUUUUUUACUAAUGGGGCUAAUAUUGAAGCUAAAGAUUCAGAUGGAAAAACAGUCCUUAUCUAUGCAUCAGAAAAUGGUCACCUUGAGGUUGUUAGAUAUCUUAUUUUUGCCGGAGCUAAUAAAGAUGUCAAAAAUCGUUAUGGACUUACCGCCAUUGUGUAUGCACGUCGUGAAAAUCAUCAUGACAUUGUAAAAUUUCUUGAAAAAUGA